AUGUCCUCUCUCCUUGCAUACCUGCCCCAGCACGAGGGUCUUCUCCCCAAAUGGCUAUUUUUCGUCGGCGUCACCGCCGUCGGUAACCUCGUCCAAGCCUACCGCACACUGCACUUCACCUCGCAAGUCUACCUGUCGCCGCGUCCGGACCGCGUCAAGCCGCCGCCCGGCUACCAGUACCCGAGCGAGACCACGCCGCUGCACAGCCGUACCUUUGGCACCUGGACCCUGCUGCAGGGCCUCGUACGCCUGUACGCUGCUUACAAUGUCGACGUUGCUGGCCUCUACCAGCUGGCCAUGCUGACCAAUGUGGUCGCCAUGUGGCACUUCGGCACCGAGUGGUUCGUCUUUGGGACUACGAAAUGGAACAAGGGCUUGGCGGGCCCGGUGAUUGUGAGCAUUGGGACAACCCUGUGGAUGACGCUGCAGUAUGGAUUCUAUGUGAAAUAA